AUGAUUUCCUACGAAGAACAAAAUGGGGAAAUUGUCCAACAAAAUGAUGAAGAAGAUGAUCAAAACUACAUGAAGAAUUCAGGUGAAACUGGUUCAUUAACUCCUACCAGUAGCACAAACAGAAUUUGUGUCCAAAGAAGAACAAAUGCCAACACCAGUGAGAUCAAAACAGAAAUCAAUGAUGAUAUAGUUAAAACUAGUCACCAGAACGGGGAUAUUCCCGGACAAGCUACCAAGGACAUUUUGAAGAGACCCCGUCCAUUAUCCCCACCGGUCAUCAAACUGGAGGCACGAUAUGAAUUGGAGUAUGGUAUGCCUUCAACUCACGCUAUGGUCGGAACUUGUAUACCUUUCACAAUGUUAUUCAUCGCUGCUACCAGAUAUGAGUUUCCCUUUCUAAUUGGUUUAUUUUUAGCCUUGACAUGGACAAUGCUUGUUUCCCUCAGUCGGAUCUAUCUUGGAAUGCACUCAGUUCUGGAUGUGAUUGUUGGAAUUCUUUGUGUUUGUCUCCUGUUUCCGUUGUUGUUUCCUUUUCUAAAUGACUUUGACCAUUUUUCCGUGACACAUCCAUUGGCACCAAUCUUCACAAUUGGAAUUCCAUUCAUCAUGUGCAUCUGCUACCCUCCUGUAGACAAAUGGAACACUGCACGCAGGGAUACAACUCUGCUUGUAGGUGUUGCAGCUGGCAUUUCUGUGGGAUCAUGGCUCAGUUACCAGUAUGGCCUUGCAGUAGAGAGUCCACCCACACCUUAUGGAAUCUACUUACCAACCCUCAUGACUGUUGGCCUCAGUUUCCUUCGACUGUUGGUAGGUGUGCCCCUUAUGCUGCUGACAGGAGAACUUCUCCGUCCAAUUGUCCGACGCAUUAUAAGCCACAUACUCCAAAUGGACUUGCAAGAUCCCCAAAUAAAAAAGAUGCAAAUAUAUGAACUAACAGACAGUUUUAUUCCUUUCCUCUUUGUAGCUAUCAAUGUCACAUUUGGCAUUCCCCUUAUUUUCAAACUUCUCUCUAUAGAUCGACCAGAAUAUUACACUGAACUUUUAGCUGCUCCUACUGAAUGA